CCAGCACUUCCCGGGUCACGUGCAGGGGGAGCGUGAGUAGGAAGCGGGCGCGCGGCCGGAGUCGGAUCCGCGGAGGCCGCCGGUCGGGCUGCUCGCGCCGCCAUGAGCCGCGGCUGUUACCUGGCGCUGUGCGCGCGGCCCGUGCAGUUCGAGAAGGCGAAUCCCGUCAACUGCGUCUUCUUCGAUGAGGCCAAUAAGCAGGUUUUUGCUGUUCGAUCUGGUGGAGCCACUGGGGUGGUUGUUAAAGGCUUGGAGGACAAAAAUCCCAUUUCAUUCAGAAUGGAAGACAAAGGGGAAGUGAAAUGCAUCAAGUUUUCCUUGGGGAACAAGAUAUUGGCUGUUCAGAGAACCUCAAAGAGUGUGGACUUUUUGAACUUUAUUCCAGACAGCCCUCAACUAGAAUAUACACAGGAAUGCAAGACCAAGAAUGCCAACAUUUUAGGAUUUUGCUGGACAAGUUCUACAGAAAUUGUCUUCAUAACAGAUCAAGGAAUUGAAUUCUAUCAGGUAUUACCAGAGAAGCGAAGUUUGAAACUGGUAAAAAAUCAGAAUAUCAAUGUAAACUGGUACAUGUAUUGCCCGGAGAGUUCUGUCAUUCUACUGUCGACUACAGUCCUCGGCAAUGUUCUCCAGCCAUUCUAUUUCAAGGGAGGAACAAUGUCAAAAUUAUCAAAGUUUGAAAUUGAAUUGCCUGCAGCACCCAAGUCCUCCAAACUCAGCCUUUCUGAAAGAGAUAUUGCUAUGGCUACAAUAUAUGGGCAGCUUUAUGUUCUCUAUCUGAGGCAUCAUUCAAGGACUUCCAAUAGUGCCGGAGCAGAAGUUGUCCUUUAUCAUUUACCAAGGGAAAGCUCCUGUAAGAAGAUGCAUAUAUUAAAGUUGAACAGGACAGGGAAGUUUGCAUUGAAUGUUGUAGAUAACUUGGUGGUAGUUCAUCAUCAGGACACUGAGACAUCUGUAAUAUUUGAUAUCAAACUAAAAGGAGAAUUUGAUGGGACCAUUACCCUUCAUCAACUUGUUCUUCCAGCUCGAUCGAUACAGCCCUAUCAGAUCCCUGUGGCAGGUCCAGCCUCCGUGACUAAUCAGUCUCCUGUUCCAUGUAAACUCUAUUCCUCCUCCUGGAUUGUCUUUCAGCCUGAUAUUAUAAUCAGCGCAAGUGAAGGUUAUCUCUGGAAUCUCGAGGUGAAACUUGAGCCUGUGGUUAACCUCUUGCCAGAUAAAGGAAAGCUAAUGGAUUUUCUUCUCCAGAGGAAGGAAUGCAAAAUGGUUAUCCUCUCUGUGUGUUCUCAGAUGUUAAGUGAACCAGACAGGGGAACGUUGGCUGUGAUUGCCACUGUUUUUGACAAACUCAAUCAUGAGUAUAAAAAGUACUUGGAAGCAGAGCAGAGUUAUACCAUGGUGGUAGAAACAGGCCAGAGCCGAGGCAAUCCCCCUCUGAAACGACCAGUCCGUACCCAAGCAGUUAUUGACCAGUCUGACAUGUACACGCAUGUUCUGUCAGUGUUUAUUGAAAAGAAGGAAGCGCCUCACAAGUUCACUAUAGCAGUCUUGAUGGAAUACAUUCGCUCUCUUAACCAGUUCCAGAUUGCAGUUCAGCAUUAUCUAUAUGAACUGGUCAUUAAAACGCUUGUUCAGCACAACCUGUUCUACAUGCUUCAUCAGUUCCUGCAGUACCAUGUGCUAAGUGACUCAAAGCCAUUGGCCUGUCUGCUGUUGUCUCUCGAGAGCAUUUAUCCCCCUGCACAUCAGUUGUCUCUGGACAUGUUAAAGGCUUUGCAGAGACUUUCGACAGCAAACGAUGAAAUAGUAGAGGUUCUAUUGUCCAAGCACCAGGUGCUGGCUGCCUUGCGAUUCAUCAGGGGUGUUGGAGGACAUGACAGCAUUUCUGCCCGCAAGUUCCUUGAUGCAGCAAAGCAGGCAGAUGACAACAUGCUUUUUUAUACCAUAUUCAGGUUCUUUGAACAAAGAAAUCAGAGGCUACGAGGGAACCCUAACUUCACCCCAGGAGAACAUUGUGAAGAACAUGUCACCUUCUUCAAGCAGAUUUUUGGAGAACAGGCUCUUAUGAAGCCUACCACUUUCUGAAAGUGUACUGUUUUCAUACAAAAUGUAUAAUUUAUUGCAUUUAAGUAAUGAGAUUUUGAACUACAAAUUUUAUAAUAAAGUAUACAUAGACCAUUGUGGCAAAUAUUACUAAAAAUAUUACACAACCUCUAGAGUGAUGGCUUGUUUUUCCCUAAAAAUAGAGCCAAAAAGUUGCAUUGAGUUGCAUUUAAAAGUAGCAUCAGUGGGUUGGCAGUCCAUUCUCAUACACACGUCACCUUGCUGGAAAAGGUUUUCAACUUGUUAUAUUUCUCAAAGAAAAAGAUGCAGCCUCUUAAAAUAGAGAUCCUGUUAAUACAUCUAGUUUUAGUAAUACUAGUCCAUGAGUCACAUGUAGCAUUUCCUGAGAUUGAAAGCUUUCAAUGUCCAAAGCUGCUGUUCGCCUGUAGAUGGAUUGGUGCACAAGUUUAAACCAGUGGUUACAGUGUGAUAGUCAUAGAACAUUGCUGCAGUUCAGUCUUAUGCUGAAUGGGGCUUAAGCCACAGUUCAUGAAGUCCACUGAAUACUGUUAAAAGGGCUAGAAGUAGAGGAGUCUCUCUCGUUCUGUACCUUUGUAUCUUUCUUGUGCAGCACGAGCUUUAGCUUUAUUUACUGAUGGGCCUGAGUAAAAGAAAAGAGUUAUAUUCUGAAAUCCUCCUUCAGUAAUGUGGGUAGUAUUGUCAGGCAAAACAGAACUGGUGCAUUAUCUACUUUCUAGCAAAUGUUUCCUCUAAAGGAAAUACAGCUUUCCUGAAAAGUAUUCCUUUAAGUAGUUAAGAUCUCCUCACUUAAACAUUCCUUCUUAACACUAAAAUCAAUAUGCCAAAACAUUAACUUUGAGGAUUAAAUUAUUUUGUAUACAGCACAACUGCUAAUGACCCACUACCGGUAAUAUACUUUCAUAAUACAAGUGAUGUAGAAAAGCACAGAGUGGAGAGGUUUCCCUUUCUAAAUGGGUGAAAGGGGGAAGCAGAAUUAAGCGUUUUUCAUUUAACAGCUGUUAACUUAUGACACAGCUCUUUGUCAACAUUUCUGUACUCACAGUGCAGUAGAUGACGACUCACUUAAAGAUGGAAAGGAUACUGUACUGAGGGCUUGAGAAGGGAGACUCAGGCGACAAAUCACUGAAAUUGGUAGCACUCCAGGAAUGCUACCAACAAGGUGUGCAACUAUAGACUACUGAAAAGGGAUGGAAAGUCUGAUGUAAACAGCUCUACUUUAACACUACCAAAUUACUACAAACUAAACGACAAAAGGAACAUAUUACUACAAAGGAACAAACACUUACAGAACUGCCCAUGCGGGAGAGUGCUUCUUCUGCACGCUCUACUCUGGUACCCUUGGUACUAACAGUGAAUGCUCUUGUGACGUGACUGCAGAACUCCACCGAGAUACCACAGCUCUGAAAGAAAGAACAGGUUCAAUAUUUGCAGAUAAAAACCCACUGAGACCUUAUGUAUAUCUACAUUGCAUUAUGAAAAAUUCAAAUGGAGAUUGAAGGAGGGGUGGGGACCCAGAGAGACAAAAGAUUCCCACCUUGUGCCAAAGCUAUUAAAGGGGGUGGAAGAGAACAAAGAAGGUUGCCAGUCAUAAGAACACCCAUUUUCCACCUAAGAUGUCUGCUGGAACUAACAAGGACUUUACUGGGGAAAGGAUUGGGCCCAGACUAGGAAGGAGUCUAGUCUGUGAAAAAAGCUUAUGGGAACAUCUCUGAGGGUGAGAUUUUACCUGUAAACAGUUUCUUAAUGUAUUAGGCUUAGACUUGCAUGUUUUGCUUUAUGACUUACUUUCUUCUGUCUGUUGUUACGUGAAACCACUUAAAUCCAACUUUUUAUACUUAAUAAAAUCACUUUUUAUUAAA